AUGGCUCCUAGACUUCCUCCCCCACCUCAGCCUAACGAGCCUGACGCCCCCAACAAUGCUAGAAUGUUGGAGGCAGUCAUUGAGAGACUGCAACAGCAGAACACCACCCUGAUGGAGCAGAACGCAGCUGCUUUACAAAGCUUAGAGGCCGCGCGCGCAAAUUCUGAGGCCACACAACGCCAAUUAAUGGAGAUUAUUGCAGCUACAAGAGGCACACCAGGAGCCUCUUCUUCCAACACUGCGCACCAUGCAGAAUGGAGUUUGGAAAGCUUCUUGCAACACCACCCUGCCAAGUUCAAUGGAAAGGGGCUUCCGGAUGAAGCAGAUCAGUGGCUUAGAGAUAUGGAAAGGAUCUAUGAUGCCAAAAGAUGUCCAGAUGACAACCGUUUGGCAUUCACGGAGUAUUUGUUGACGGGAGAAGCUAGCCAUUGGUGGUCAAGUAUGAAGAUGUUGUUGACCGAAGCCCAAAGUCCAAUUUCCUGGGAGGUUUUCAGGGCUAAGUUUUAUGAAGAGUAUUUCCCGGAUAGUGUGCGGUUUGCAAAGGAGGUGGAGUUCCUCCAAUUGAUUCAGGGUAGUAUGUCCGUCUCGGAAUACACCAAUAAAUUCAAGCACCUUGUCCGUUUUAAUACCAUGGCUACAAGUGAAGAAUGGCAAUGCCGGAAGUUCGAGAAUGGAUUGAGAAGCGACUUGAAAGUGUUGAUAUCCAGUUUGUGUAUUAGAUCCUUUCCUGCUAUGGUUGAGAGAGCAAAGGUACUGGAGAAGAACGUUGCUGAGGCCGAGCAACAGAAGAAACAACAAGUUAGUAGGGGGCCAGUUUUAGCCAGAAAUACAACGAACGUGAGAAGGUCCCCAUACGUUCGUCCAACUCAAUUCCCUAGCGGAUCACAAGCAGUGGUCACUGUUGGCCAGUCUGGACAGCCAAGGAGCUUGACGUGUUAUCAGUGUGGAGGACCACACUAUCGAUGGGCUUGUCCUCAAGUCUCUGGAGGAAAAUAUUGCAACAAGUGUAAUAGGAGCGGACACUCAGAUCAAGAGUGCAAUAUGGGAGGACGUGCGGCAAUGAGGCCGCCGAACGCUGGAAGAGGCCAACAAGGGAGAGGUGGACGUGCGCAAGCAACAGGAAGAGUGUAUGCAAUCACUGGUGCUGAAGCUGCUCGUUCAGGUACACUCAUCACCAGCACUUGCAUGUUAUAUGGGAAGCCUUGCUGUGCGUGCGUUGAGAAGCUGGGGCUAGUGGAGAGUGAAUUACAGUUCGACUUGGUGGUGUCAACCCCAGCGGCUGGUGGGAUUAAGACAUCUACAGUUUGUGUAAGAUGUCCUAUAGAAGUUGAGGGGCGUAGAUAUAAGGUCAACCUCAUUUGCUUACCCCUUCAAGACUUAGAAGUAAUUUUGGGAAUGGAUUGGUUGGCUACCAAUCGGAUCCUCAUUGAUUGUGGGAAGAAGGAGUUAGUCUUUCCAGAUGAAGAAGAGGAAGAAUUGUCGAUCACUCUCGGUCAGCUGAAGGAGGACAUCAUGGAAGGAGCAAGUUGUUUCCUUAUCAUGACGUAUGAAGGCAACGAGGUAGAGCGUUCGUCCAAUGUUGAGAGUAGUAGAGGACGAACGGUAGUGGAUGAAUUCCCGGACGUCUUUCCGGAUGAAGUCCCUGGUCUACCUCCCGUUCGCGAGGUUGAGUUCACGAUCGACCUGGUGACAACUGCUGCACCCAUCUCGGUUCAACCUUAUAGAAUGGCACCAGCCGAGUUGGUCGAGCUUAAGAAGCAAAUUGAAGAGUUGUUGGAUAAGAAGUUCAUCAGGCCGAGUGCUUCACCAUGGGGAGCGCCUGUGUUGUUGGUAAAGAAGAAGGAUGGUAGCUCUCGGCUCUGCAUUGAUUAUAGGCAACUUAAUAAGCUGACCAUCAAGAACAAGUAUCCACUGCCGAGGAUAGACGAUCUACUGGACCAGUUGCAAGGUGCGUGCGUGUUUUCAAAGAUUGAUCUACGUUCGGGCUAUCAUCAAAUUAGAGUGAAGGAGGGAGAUAUUCAUAAGACUGCCUUUCGGUCUCGAUAUGGUCAUUAUGAAUACGUGGUGAUGCCCUUUGGAGUGACGAACGCACCUGCAAUCUUCAUGGACUACAUGAACAGAAUUUUUAGACCGUACCUGGAUAAGUUUGUUGUAGUAUUCAUUGACGACAUCCUCAUUUACUCCAAGAGCUUUGACGAACAUGAAGACCACUUGAGGAUUGUCUUGGGCGUGUUGAGGGAAAAAGAGUUGUAUGCCAAACGUUCAAAGUGUGAAUUCUGGAUGAAGGAGAUUCAAUUUUUGGGGCAUGUUGUUUCUGCUGGAGGUAUUUCAGUGGAUCCAGCCAAGGUGAAAGCAGUGCUGGAUUGGGAGAAUCCGCGUUCGGUCACAGAGGUUAGAAGCUUUGUGGGACUCGCGGGCUACUAUAGGCAAUUCAUUGAGGGAUUCUCUAAGAUAGUAGCCCCUCUUACCUAUCUCACCAGGAAGGAUCAGCCGUUCGCAUGGACCGAUCGUUGUGAGGAGAGCUUCCAGGAAUUGAAGAGGAAGUUAACGAGCGCUCCUGUGUUGAUCAUUCCAGACACGGCCAAACCUUUUGAAGUGUAUUGUGAUGCAUCGUAUCAAGGUUUGGGCUGUGUGCUGAUGCAGGAAAGGAAGGUAGUGGCGUACGCUUCAAGGCAGUUGAAAAUUCAUGAGAAGAAUUAUCCCACACACGACUUGGAAUUGGCAGUAGUCGUGAGGUGGCUUGAAUUCUUGAAGGAUUAUGAGUUUGAGCUGUUAUAUCAUCCUGGAAAAGCUAAUGUAGUGGCGGACGCAUUAAGUAGGAAGGCCGUAAGGGUCUCGGCAAUGAUGGUGAAGGAGUUGAACUUGGUGGAAAGUUUUAGAGAUCUAAGGUUGUAG